AUGUUAUUGAAUGGGAAGCUUCAUUGGGCUAGUAGUAGUACUACCUCUCAUGAUUUUCAUUCUUAUAAUGGUUGGGAUAUCGGUUACAUUGAUCUGGCUGAUGGGAAAUGGGGAAAAAUGGAUACACCCUGCUAUGGAGAAGGAGAUUUUCAAUUUAUGCAGUGCUUGGGAGUCUUGGGAAGUGAUCUUUCUGUGUUUUGUAAUAGUCAGAAGAUUUACACAGAUGUUUGGGUUAUGAAGGAGAAUGGGGUUAAAGAAUCUUUGACAAAGAUGUUUACCAUCAAUUAUCCUGCUUAUGGUGUGGGGGAUAUGCUCGUUCCACCCUUUUGCAUGUCAAGUGAAGGUAGAAUUUUGUUUGAGAAUGAAUCAACUUUCAUGAUUUAUAAUCCAAAGGAUGAAUCGAUAAGAUAUCAAGCAGUUACCAACUGUGAUUCCUUUUACUGGGCAGAUAUCUACAUCGAAAGCCUAGUUUGGCCCAAUUUUACUGAAUAA